CGACUCUCGCUCUCUUCUAAGGAGGCGAAUGAAGGAAGCGUGAAAGGUAAGCUCUGAAACCCAGGGGAAGACAACAACAACAAGAAGAAGACGGCGACGACUAAGGAGGAGAGGAAGUCCCUGGGCGUUGGGACUCUGUAUGCAACCAUUGCCCGGACAUUCGGAGAAAAAUAAAGCAGAAAAGUCAAAGCUUGAGAGACAGCGAGACAGAGAGGAAGAAGAGGAUUUCUUGAGAUGCAUACACAAGCAAGAGUAGGGGUGGUAGUAGAGGGAGGGCAGAGGGGACUGAGCUCUGGCCAUGGAGGAGUCUCUGUGGAUAACGCAGCGCGUAAGUUGGCACAGCAGCAACAAGGGCAGAUCGGGACAGUAUCCCAGCUUUUGGCAGGAGGGAUCGCCGGUGCUCUAAGCAAAACCUGCACGGCUCCUUUGGCACGUCUUACAAUACUUUUCCAGGUGCAAGGUAUGCAUUCUGAUACUGCAAUUUUGAGAAAGGCAUGCAUAUGGCAUGAAGCUUCACGUAUCAUAAAGGAAGAAGGAUUUAGGGCUUUUUGGAAAGGAAAUCUGGUUACUAUUGCUCACCGUCUACCAUAUUCAUCUGUCAACUUUUAUUCUUAUGAACGCUACAAAAAGUUCCUAUACAUGAUUCCCGGAAUGGAUAGUCAUCGGGAAAAUAUGAGUGCAAACCUUGGCGUACAUUUUGUAGCUGGUGGUUUGGCUGGAAUAACAGCUGCAUCUGCUACAUAUCCAUUGGAUCUUGUAAGGACACGCCUUGCAGCUCAGACAAAUGUAAUGUACUAUCGGGGUAUUGGGCAUGCUUUACAAACUAUCAUCAGAGAAGAGGGUGUUUUGGGCCUUUAUAAAGGACUUGGAGCAACACUCUUGGGUGUUGGGCCCAACAUUGCAAUUAGCUUCUCAGUAUAUGAGACGUUGAGAUCUUCUUGGCAAUCACAUAGGCCUCAUGAUUCUACUGUAAUGGUCAGCCUGGCUUGUGGGAGUCUUUCAGGCAUUGCAUCAUCAACAGCAACAUUUCCUCUGGAUCUGGUACGGAGACGGAAACAAUUGGAAGGGGCAGGUGGCCGAGCACGUGUUUACACAACAGGUCUCCUUGGCAUAUUUAGGCACAUAAUCCAGACUGAAGGUUUCCGAGGUUUGUAUAGGGGGAUUUUGCCUGAAUACUACAAAGUGGUGCCUGGUGUGGGUAUAUGCUUCAUGGCCUAUGAGACCUUGAAGACGUUACUAGCAGAUGUUACUCCUAGAUUAUAGUUCUCACGAGCACCUUUAGAAUUUACUUGCAACUGGACGGAUGAGAUAUUUAAGUUGUAAGAUUAGCAAAUUAGAGGUCCAUAACUUUCUCAUGGCAAUUAAAUUUGUGAUUGGUGAUACAAGAAUUAUGCUUUUUUCCAUGUAUAGAUAGGUAACUGAGUCAACAUUUUGUACUCACUCGACAAAGUUGUUUAUAAAAUUCACCACGACAUUUAGUUCGUUGGUGAUAAAUUUUUGAGCUCA